AUGUCCUUCUUUUCUCGAGUGUUUCGGGCCAAGGAUGCCACUGCGACCAAGAAGCAGGCCAAGCCUACCACGGCCCUGAACCCGACCCCUGCGAAACCCAAAUGGACCGAUGCGUGGCAGCGGACAGAGGUCGCGCCGGAAGAAGUCCAAGACCUUGUACGAGGGUGUGUGCAUGAGCUCAAGGCCCGAGCUCUUGACACCCCAUUUCUCCUCCUACCGUUCCGUCCUAGCUCCGACCCUAGUGCAGCUCGCACCUUCAUUCGCAAUUACUUCAACCAGUCUUUCGAAAAGGGCUCGCCCGUCAAUGGAGAUGUCUUGUCGCAGGAGCUCCGGCUCACAGAGCCGAUGGUUCUGUGUGGUGUGAUGAAAUGGUGCUGGAGCAGACUUCCUGGCGGUGUCGUCACUUGGGAGGCAUAUGAGACUUUCAAGAUGGGCGAACAUGAUUCGGAUAUGGCCCGCGACGCUUUCUCGACCUUCAUUCCGAUCGGGGGCGAUUCUGAUGCGCGCAUCAACAUUAUUCUGGAUUUCUUCGAUCUUUUGGCUGCCAUUGCAGCCCAUGGAAAAUCUAAUGGGCUGGGAGGCCGCAAGCUUUCCCGGUACGCUGGAUGGUGGGCCUUUGAGCAUGUCGAUACAGGCAAUGGCUUCGAGGCCGCCUACAAGAAUUGGGCUGUUGCCGCCGAUGCUACGAGUCACUUGUUCUUCGCCUACCUUCGUUCGUUGUCUCCCGAUGUCCCUCGCGGCACCCCGACCUUGCUCCAAGUUACCACUACAAAGGUGGUGAUGAUUGUGGAGAAUGUUUCUCCGACGCCAUUUUCUUUGUUGCGACGCGCCAAGAACUUUGAAUACCGCGACGACGACUGGCACCUGCAGGAGUUUGCCAACUACGAAGAUCCCGUCAGUGCAUUGACCGACGAGUGUCUCCGUGUUCUCGGGUGCAUCUCAUCUACCAACCAAUCCAGCGUCUCGAGUACCAAACAGUCGACCAGUUUGCGGGAUGCGUCCUGGUCGCGCUUCGAGGACAUUGGAUUCGGUGGAUCGAUCGAUUCUGACCCGGAGGAUGAAGGCAAGGAACCUGCCCCGCCGGCGACUUCAAGGACUUCAAAGAGUGGAUCUGCCGGAGGCUUGCAAUCCGUUCCUCAGUCUGGAGGAGGUGACCUUGGCCGCCCUACCACCCCCUCGUGGGCAGACUUCAUGUCGUCCGGAUUCGCGGAUGAAAACAAAUUGCAGGGCCAUGUGGGCCCUCUGCUUUUGCCUCCGGACAAGGUCCUGCCUCCCAUUGCCGCUGUACGUGGCAUGAGCUCUCAGUCACACAAGCGCUCUUUGGAUAUCGAGCCGGAUCUCGAGCCUGCCGAGUUGGCAAGUAUCAACACUCUAGACAUGGACGACUCGUUCUGGUGGGUCUGGAUCAGCAGUCUGUCAGGUGAUGAGCCAGCUGCCCGCAAGGCUGUGUUUGGUCGAUGCGCGCUUCUGGAGACCCGUAUUCGGGAUACCAAAUGGUUGAUCCUUGAAGAGCAGAUCAAGGGUGCUGCCCCAGAACCUGAGGCUGGUGCUCAGAUAGUCGAGAAGAAGCGAUUCUUCAGCUUCGGUAGCCGCAAGGGAAAGCUCAAUCGCCGGAAGUCGUCGGCCAAGAAGGUGCCCUCCUCCAUUGAAGAGUCGUACAAGCGGCCCAAUAAUCAGGCACCGCACAGCAAGACCAGCAUCGGACCGGAUCAGCACAAGCGGAUCCAGGCAGCUGCGGCCGCUCUGCAAAAGAAGCACCGCGAGCAGGAAGCGGAAGCGACAGAAAACCGUGCCACCCCCAAUAAUAGCCGUUACUCCAAGACCAACUCCGUCAUGACCCUUCAGCCUGCUAUUGUGAACGAGGCAUCUCAGGCCAUGAAGUGGGCUAAGAACUACGAUAAGGGCGCGUUCAGGGCAGCAUAUCUCAGUGACAACCGCGCUGGCACUGGCCAAGUUGAAGAAGUCCAGGAGACACCAGAGCCGAUCUCAAAGAACUCCGAGGAGAAGCCUGCUACGCCGUUGGCACCUCUCCCAGCUAACACUGGAAAGAGCGGUCCCCCGCCACUUCCCAAAGAAGCUGCUGCUGCUGUGGCCACCCCUCUUCCUCCUUCUCCUAAGGAAGCGCCAAUUCAAUCUGUCAACGUCCCCACCAUCGAAGAGAAGAAGCCCAUCACAAAGCCUGCCGUUAUUGAACAACCCACUGAGCGUCGGGACUCGGUGGAUGAGGCGGGCAAGAAACUGAAGAAGAAGACUGGCAAUUCUGGUUUCAAGAGCAUGUUCACAGCCAAAAAGAAGCCCGAACAGCAACAAACUCCUGUAAAGAGCACUGAUUCCAAGGAGAUCUCUACUGUGGCAGCUGCUCGUGCGGCCCUCGAGGCCAGGACGAAGGCAGCCCAGGAGUCCAGUCCCAUGAAGAAGAAGCCUGUUCCGAAGGUCACCGCUGUCGCCGUUACUCCCGUGGCUGCUGAGGCUGUAAAGCCCCCAUCGCCCCAGAGUGUCGAACCGCCCGUCAAGGAACCUGUGACGAAAAUCCCAACCCCGACUCAACCUUCCACUUCUCUGAAAGAGAACGGUGCGCCGCCCAAGACCAGACGCGCUGUUGAGUAUGAUGCUCUCUCGCGCGUCGGUACCAAUGAACGCGACGCGGCCGAUCAGGAGUUUUCCAAGUUCGACCAGGGUCCCCUGACUGACCAGCCUGUCUUCGUCCUCGAGGAUCCUCCCUCUCCCGUCGACGUCGCACCUGUAGCACAAAAGACCGAGGUUCCCCAGACCCCGACUAACGGCAAUGGUGUCCGCUCUAAGACUGCCACCUCACCCGAGUCAAGCGAAGCUACACAGGAUCGCUGGAAGGCGAUCCGCGAGGCUGCUGCCCAACGGGCUGCCGCGGCCCAGGAAGAACAGACGCACGAGCACGAGACCGAGAACACCCGGACUAGUCAGUCAGAGCGCACUGACGAGGGUGAUACUAGCGGAGAGGAGACCAUUGAAGCCCGUGUCGCCCGCAUCAAGGCCCGAGUAGCUGAGCUGACCGGCAACGUCGAGGAUGGACCAAGACGCUAG